CGGGCGGGGAGGCGGGGAGGGGAAAUCCCCAGGAUCCCCGGCCCCCUCCCCCCGAGCGGGGACACCGCGUUAGUCACCGGGACCCUCCCCCCGAGCGGGGACACCGCGUUAGUCACCGGGACCCUCCCCCGGCGCUCGGCUCCGCCGCUCCAGCGCCGCGCCCGCACAGCGCGGCUGCCGCGGCGGCCGAGGGAUGGCGGGGCCGGGGCUGCGCCCGGCCGGGCUCUGCCCGCAGGGGCUCCGGAGCUCCGGACCGGCCCGCCUGAGGCUGCCCCGCUGCCCCCGGGCAUGAGAGGCGGCGCUGCGGGGCUGCGGGAGAGCCGGGACCCACCAUGCGGGAGCUGGCGAUCGAGAUCGGCAUACGGGUGCUGCUCUUCGGGGUCUUCGUUUUUACAGAAUUUUUGGAUCCAUUCCAGCGAGUGAUCCAGCCAGAGGAGAUCUGGCUGUACAAAAAUCCUUUGGUGCAGUCAGACAACAUCCCUACACGGCUGAUGUUUGCAAUUUCGUUCCUCACGCCACUAGCAGUCAUUUUCGUGGUGAAAAUAAUCCGUCGAACAGACAAGACCGAAAUUAAAGAGGCUUUCUUAGCUGUUUCCUUGGCUCUAGCUCUGAAUGGUGUCUGCACAAAUACUAUUAAAUUAAUAGUGGGGAGACCGCGUCCCGAUUUCUUUUACCGCUGCUUUCCAGAUGGAGUAAUGAACUCUGAAAUGCACUGCACAGGUGAUCCAGACCUGGUCUCUGAAGGCAGAAAAAGCUUUCCAAGCAUCCACUCUUCCUUUGCAUUUUCAGGCCUUGGCUUCACCACCUUUUACCUGGCUGGAAAGCUGCACUGCUUCACGGAGAGCGGCCGAGGGAAGAGCUGGAGGCUCUGUGCAGCAAUUCUGCCCCUCUACUGUGCCAUGAUGAUCGCCCUGUCACGGAUGUGUGACUACAAACAUCACUGGCAAGAUGCUUUCGUUGGAGGGAUCAUUGGCCUCAUUUUUGCUUAUAUUUGCUACAGACAGCACUACCCUCCUUUGGGUAAUACAGCCUGUCACAAAUCUUACGUCAGCCUGCUGGAUCAGAACUCAGUGAAGAAAGAAGAGAGACCUACAGCAGACAAUGCCACUGGGCUGCCUCUGGAGGGAAUAACUGAAGGUAUCCUGUGAAAAAUGCAGGCAAAAUAUUCCAGACCACACCCUGGCAGUUGAACAUUUCUUGGAGCAAUCAAGACAAUGUUGAUCAACGACCACAAUUACGGUGCUUCAGACUGGAGGAGACUGCUGCCAUUAUUAUUGUAAUUAUAAUUUCUGUGUUCCUGUUGGAAUAUGCAUCGGCCUUGUAGACAUUUUGUGAUUCAAACAGCUCAAUGUCUUUAUGUAAGGCUUGUCAUAUACUUUCCUCAAAGCUAAGCUUUGUAGAGGUUUUUUUUUUUUGGAGAAGAGCUGCUUCUUGAUUGGCAACACUUGAAUUUUUACAAAAAGCAAGUAAAUUAGGGUCCCAUUAAAAAUAAACCUAAUAACUGUGUACAAGAGGAUGCAACCUUGCUGUGUAUAAACUUAUAUGAUAUUUGGAAAUGACUAUAAAUAGGAAGUGACACUAAGGAACAGAAAGUAACAGGAGUGAACACGGGAGGUUCUGUAGAAACCAGGUUUUGCAAAGCUGCUACAGCUUAACUGUGUCAGAGGGAGGAUGUUUCACUUACAGAAUUCUGAGCUCUACAACAGAGACAGUCAAACUUACCUGUGGUUUUCCUGGUGGAUAUACAGUAAUUCACAAUACCAGCAUCAGCAAAGCAAAAUUAUUUGGCAUUUGCACUGGAUUUGACAGAACAUUCCUCUGGUGUGGUUGAGAUCUUAUUCUAGAAAUCCACAGAGUUCAAUGGAGGUUUAACAUUCCUAGAAAGUUUUUAAACCAUCCUACAGAAUUCUGGAACAAAUAUAGUUUUCUAUUAGUUCAUGUGGGAGGAUUAGGGAGAGCCCCAGAGUCAGGGUAAGGCUUAGCCAUUAGCUCUUUCUUUCAGCAGGAACCCUAGUCUUCCAGGUUAUAUGCAAAUGUUAAAAAAAAAAAAAAAAUAAAAAAUAUCUUCAAUCAAAAUUAGAAGUUUAAUACUGAUGCAUAGAGCAUUUUGCAUGUUUUUAUAUAGAUCUGGCUUAUUCUCAAAAUGGAGUGGGGCCUUCUAACUGUGCUGUACACAUUCUCAGUAUUUUAAUGGCUUUUGAUACAAAUGAGCUGUCUUUGGGAUGAGGAAAAGCUCAGACAGCCCUCAAGUGAGUAGUGGCUGUUAAAGGAUUGGAACAUGAAGUGUAAUACAGCAUAAAAACUGAAAUUGGGAGAGUAAUUGGUGACCUCAGAAAAGCAGGAAAGAACAACACAUUUUAAUGGGAAUAAUUAAAUCGAGAGUCGUAAAGCAGACAACGUAAAAGGUUUGAUUAAAAUGUAAUUAAAAUUAUGAAAGGCUUAAUGGAAUGAAACUCGUGGAGGGAUCUGUAGGUGCCACAAUCACCAGUGCAAAGUCAGCGUAGGGAAGGCAUUUUUGUGGAUCAAUGUAUUUUAAUCUCAUGCUUUCUCAAUGUGAAGGAAAUGUAAUGUUGUAAUGCACCAAUAAAACAACACAUGAAUGUGGGUUUGUA